AUGGGGAUGUAUAGUGCUGUGUUGAAAUACCAUCAGCGAAGGAAUUGUUUCGGAUAUAUCCAACAGCGAUACAGUGAUAUAGCACGAACAACUAGCAUACAGGUUAAUGCAACAACUUCGGGUGCAUACAACAUUAUUAGAUGUGAAAAUCGAACAGAUUGUGGUAUAAUUCAAGUUUUCGCCCCGAACGAUCAUUCUUGUUAUAGAUCCAAAAUAUUAUUUAUUAACAAAAUAUUCGCGGAUUUGUUUGGCCUUCGUGAAAAUGAAGAAGUAAUUGUUCAAAAGAUAAAAAUGGCUCCUGUAUGCAGUUCGUUUGAAGUGGAACUAGCUUCAGCCGAAGACUGGGAUGUUGUCCAGAAUUCAUCACAACGAAUUGAAGAAUUACUUCUGGAACAAAUUCAACUAAUUACUGUUGGCCAAACAUAUCCAGUUUGGAUUGCUCAAAAUCUUUAUAUUUAUUUCACUGUUGCUCGAAUCGAGACGUUUUCAUCUUCGAUGCAGAACGCUUGUCUAUGUGAAUUUACAGAGGUCCAUGUGAAGCCCUUCUACUCAAAUCCUAGUAAUCCUGAGAAAAACAAUUCAAGAGACGUUUUGGGAGUACUUCCAGCAUCAUUCGCAUGUAGAAUGAAGGAUCUGUUUUCUAAUUUAGAGCCAACACCAUUUUUAUUUAGGAUACAAGAUUACUGCGGUAGUGUUUUUAAUAAGACUUCAGCUCGGGUAUUGCCCGAAAUAUUGGUUGACGAUGUUUUCUUGAAAAAACUGGAUAUACUUGCCGUCUUCAGACUCAAUUUCAGUCAUGGCAACUCAGAAAUCAUCGCAAUAUCAACUGUUUGUAAUAGUGAAACCGGUCGGACAACGCAUGCUUUACUUAUUGAACUACCGAUAGCAUGUUCUCGUUUUGCUGCAUUAAGAGAUUGCUUGAAGCGAUAUGAUCCUCAUCACUGUAUAUUUUCACCUGGACUAUAUCAACUUAUGAAUGGAGAAUUUGAAUGGAUUAAUGUAUCUCCUUUACAAAGGGAUCACAUUUAUCACCUUGAAACUCUCGAAGUAUUGUCAGAAGGCAAGUUACCUGAUGAUUUCAAUGAACAUUUGCGAGACCAUUUGUGGAAGACUUACCGACAUUAUCCAAUCAUUGUGCCAGUUGACGGACUCAAAGUGGAAAUAAAUUUGACUCACAGAGAUCGUAUACAGUGUCGGAUUCGGCCUCAUCUUGAUGAGAAAAAUGACAGGUCUCGGAAAUGUUUCGUCUUCACUAACGAUAUGUUCCCUGCGCUUGAAUAUCCGAAUACUGAGUCGAUAAAGGACAACUUUAUACAGAUGCAAGGAACAAAGGUAAAUGAGGAUAUCCAUAAGGCAGUUGUAAAUUUCGGUGGAUGGAAGAAUGAAGCAGUUAAAUUUUCGUUCCAAGUUGCAUUUAUUGAAAAAUGUUACACCUACAUUAUAUAUCAUUUGGAGAAGCCUGCCUUUUCGUCGCUAGGAAAUGUUUUUAUAGUGGGUAAUAAAUCGGCGGGAAAAACAACUAUUCUACACUUGCUUGCAGAAAAACUACUGCGCUCUCGCUUGGCUGUUUAUAGUGAAUGUCUAUAUUGCUCUGAAUGGAAUGGAAAAUCAAUUGAGAAAUUUCAAGAUGUAUUAAAAGCUGCAAUGACACGCUUAAGGCGACGCUAUCCUUCAGUUCUUUUCUUGGAUAAUUUGGAUUUUUUAUUACAUGGUCAAGAUGAGGAUGCGAGAAAUGUCCGUUUGGAAAAAUGUGCCGAAUUAAUCCGAAAUUUGGCUACUGAAAAUGAUUUACUGAUUGUUGCAACGGCAUGUACCAAACAUGAAGUUGUCGAAUUGUUUUCUCUAAAUACCGGCGGACGAUUUUUUGGUCAAGUGGAAGGCAUCAAUGAACUUAGUCCGGUAAGUUAUCAAGUUCUUUAG